AUGCGCCCCUCGCCCCCGCCCCCGCCCGAUGACAUCACCCCGCCGCGGCCCCGCCCCCCGCGCGCUCCCAUUGGCCCCUCGCUCUGCGGCCACGCCCCUCCCUCCCACCAGCCGCGGGGGCGGGGCCAGCGCGCCGCCGGCGCCCCGGGGCGCGCUCCCAUUGGUGUGCCCAGGUGCGCGCAGGUGUGCAGGAUGAUGUGCGAGGUGCUGCCCACCGUGUGCCCAGGUGCGCCCAGGUGCGCCCAGGUGCACGCAGGUGUGCAGGAUGAUGUGCGAGGUGUGCCCAGGUGUGCCCAGGUGCACCCAGGUGUGCAGGAUGAUGUGCCAGGUGUGCCCAGGUGCGCCCAGGUGCGCGCAGGUGUGCAGGAUGAUGUGCCAGGUGUGCCCAGGUGCGCCCAGGUGUGCCCAGGUGCGCCCAGGUGCGCCCAGGUGUGCAGGAUGAUGUGCGAGGUGCUGCCCACCAUCAGCGAGGACCCGCGGCGGGGCUCAGGUGCGGCCGAGGAGCCGGGGCUGGAGCAGCUGAUGGUGCAGAUGCUGCGGGAGCGCGAGCGGCUGCUGGAGACGCUGCGGGACACGCAGGAGGGGCUGAACACGGCGCACCUGCGGCUGCGCGACCUGGCGCACGAGAGGGACCUGCUGCAGCGCCAGCUCAACUGCGCCCUGCCGCAGGAGCUGGCGGCGCUGACCAAGGAGCUGAACCUGUGCCGGGAGCAGCUCCUGGAGCGCGAGGAGGAGAUCGCCGAGCUCAAGGCCGAGCGCAACAACACCCGCCUGCUGCUGGAGCACCUGGAGCACCUGGUGUCGCGCCACGAGCGCUCUCUCCGCAUGACCGUGGUCAAGCGCCAGGCGCAGUCCCCGGCCGGGGUCUCCUCCGAGGUCGAGGUGCUCAAGGCCCUCAAGUCGCUCUUCGAGCACCACAAGGCCCUGGACGAGAAGGUGCGGGAGCGGCUGCGGGUGGCCCUGGAGCGCGUGGCCGUCCUCGAGGAGGAGCUGGAGGUGUCCAACCAGGAGUCGCUGUCCCUCCGGGAGCAGCUGUCCCGGCGCCGCUCGGGCCUGGAGGACGCGGCCACCGACGGGGACAGCGCGGCGGAGCUGGAGGCGUCGCUGGGCCGGCAGCGCGUGGCCGCCCUGUGCCGCCAGCUGGGCCGGCUGCAGGACGAGGCCAGCGCGGCCCAGAGGGAGCUGGCCCGGGCCCACGAGGCGGGGGCCAAACUGCAGAGGGACCUCAAGGAGGCGCUGGCGCAGCGCGAGGACAUGGAGGAGCGCAUCACGACGCUGGAGCGGCGCUACCUGAGCGCGCAGCGCGAGGCCACCUCGCUGCACGACGCCAACGACCGCCUGGAGAACGAGCUGGCCAGCAAGGAGAGCCUCUACCGACAGAGCGAGGAGAAGGGCCGGCAGCUGCAGGAGUGGCUGGAGGACGCCAAGGCCAAGCUGACCCCAAUCGAGGAGAAGGGCCGGCAGCUGCAGGAGUGGCUGGAGGACGCCAAGGCCAAGCUGACCCUGACCCUGCAGAAGGCCGAGACCCUGCCCGAGAUCGAGGCCCAGCUGGCCCAGAGGGUGGCGGCGCUCACCAAGGUUUCUCUGCAAGCUGUAACAUAA